AUGGCGAUGAUGACUGGCCGUGUGCUGCUGGUGUGUGCCCUCUGCGUGCUGUGGUGCUGUGCCGGCAGCGUUUAUGCGGGGGACCGCGACAACAACGCAGUGGGUGGUUGCAUGGCGUCGGAAGUGUUUGGCGCGGAUUUGUCUCAUGCGCCGAGUGGAUGUAAUAAACCGGGGAUUACAGUGCUAUUUCGGUCAACGUUGCCCAUUACUGCCGUUGUGGCGUCGGAUGAAGAAGUUACUUCUGUUACAAUGCAGAACGAUUUGGGUUCAAGAGAAAAUUCCAACGCUGCUGGUCCCGCUGGUCCCGCUGGUCCCACUGGUCCCGCUGAUCUUGCUGAUCCCGCUGAUCCUGCUGGUCCCGCUGAUCCUGCUGGUCCCGCUGAUCCUGCUGGUCCCGCUGGUACUGCUGCUGCCGGGGUUCCUGGUGCUCCUGGUGGUGGUGGUGGCGGUGGAACUUCUCUUGGAGGUGGUGGCACCGAUGAAAUUUCUUCUGUUUCUUCUGGUGGUGAAAAUGAGCCUCCUCCUCCUCUUUUAAAAGCAGAAAACGAAGCAAUACGAGUUCCAACAGUCGGAGAAGAUGAGGCAAAAAAAGCACCACAAAGUCACGAUAAUUCAGUCGAACAGCACUCUGGAGAAAAUCAAGAACAUCUACACGAAGAAAUACGAGAUCAGCAAAAGAAACAGGAACAGCGGCAAGAACAACACGAAAACAACAUAAACCACGAAGAAGGAGAAGAGAAACAACAACAACAGGAGCAGCAUCAACAGCAUGAUCAUUCCGCGAAAAACAGCGAUGGACCCACAAAAAACGAAACUACCGUAGGUACAAAUGCCACCGCUUCAACUGGCGACAGUGACAGCAGCACCGCGGUCUUCCACACCACCUCCCCUCUUUUGCUUCUUCUUGUUGUUGCGUGCGCGGCUGCUGCUGCGGUGGUGGCCGCGUGA